GCUACACCAGUACCGUCCUCAUCAAGAACGGUAAACUUUCCGAUUUAAUUGGCGAGCUCCAGUUGUUGGUGAAGGGAUGGGAAAAAUCUGGCGAUCACAGUGAAGGUGAAGGUGAAUAUGCUGAUGCCAUUGCUGCGCAGGUGCGUCGAUUGGCAAAUGAAGUUCGGCAGUUAACAUCAAGCAGGCCAAUUACAGUACUGAAUGGGGGUUCUGGAGAAAGUAACUUAUCUUCACUUGUGGUUCCAGCAGCUGCAUUGGGUGUUGUGGGUUAUGGUUACAUGUGGUGGAAGGGAAUCUCAUUCUCAGAUCUUAUGUAUGUCACUAAACGUAGUAUGGAAAAAGCUGUUUCAGAUUUGACAAAAAAGCUGCAGCAUGCCUCAGAUGUCAUUGCUGAUGCUAAGAAGCAUUUGACACAGAGGAUCCAACAUUUGGAUGACAAAAUGCUCAAGCAGAAUGAAUUGGCACGGUCAAUUAAGGAUGAAGUUGCUGGGGUUCGAAGUACAAUUACUAAUUUCCAUGAUGACUUGGGAAUCUUGCAUUACACAGUGGGAUCAUUGGAUGAAAGAUUGGCUACACUAAGUGGCAUGCAGGAUGAUGCAAAUCAAGGUUUGGCGUACCUCAUCGACUUCGUACAUGGGAAAACCCGCAAACCACCUGAAUUCUUGCAGGAGCGGCUGAGGAUUUCUGCAAAAUCCCGUAGUGUUCUCACAUAUCAGGGAGCUCCAAGUCUGAUGGGACUCAAAGACAUUGCGGAAACAAUGCGUAGUGAUUUAGACAGGUCAGCCUCUGACGGUAUCUUAUCAGAUGGCAUGGAUAAGCUAGAGCAUCUGCGAAGGCCAUUGCUGAGGGCUGCUUCAACCAGGUGAUGAUGACAAAGUCUUGGUCACCUAACUUCUAAGCGGGCUUUCUUUCACUGCUUGGGCGUAAUCGAGCAGCAACUUAAGCUCACUCGCUGAUAUAUACUCCCUCUGAAUCUACAUAAUAUUGAUACUAGAUUAAGUUUUAUAUUCAAACUAGCGGAUGAAGUAAUAUAUUGUAAAUAAAGUUUUCUCUUGAAGCUCAUGUAUUGGUGCAGCCAAGAGCCUAUGGUAUUCCAGAUGUAUGUAAUUCGUGUCUUAACAUAGUAUGUUUUUCCUAGGUUGUCAUUAUGGGUCGCUUUCUUCUAAUGUAUGAGCUGGAUGAUCACCAUCUUAUUAUGAUAUAUCUGAAAAUGAAUUCUUGCAAUUCAAUAGGCAA